AUGAACGUGUUCGACCGCAGCAUCAACAUCGACGCCCUCUUCAAGUUAUCCCAAAUAUCUCAUUCCACCCAGGUGCACCUGAAGAAUGUGUACUCCAGCCUGGCAGUCUGCAUGUUUGUGGCGGCCGCGGGCUCCUACGUCCAUGUCGUCACACGCCUCUUUCAGGGCGGCGUGCUGUCUGUGCUCGGCUCCUUGGGGAUGAUGUUUUGGCUCGCCAUGACGCCACACAACCCGGAGACGGAGAGGAAGAGACUGGCGAUCCUCGCAGGAUUUGCCUUCCUCACAGGUGUCGGUCUGGGCCCCACACUGGACUUUGUCAUCGCUGUCAAUCCGAGCAUCAUUGUGACGGCUUUCAUGGGAACCUCCGCGAUCUUCAUCUGCUUCACUCUCAGCGCUCUCUAUGCCAAACGCAGGAGCUACCUGUUCCUGGGAGGCACACUGAUGUCUGGCCUGUCCCUCCUGUUCCUGAUGUCUGUGAUGAACAUGUUCUUUGGCUCCGUGAUGCUCUUUAAGGCACACAUGUACCUCGGGCUGCUCAUCAUGUGCGGCUUCGUCCUGUUUGACACUCAGCUCAUCAUCGAGAAAGCGGAGAACGGAGACAAGGACUACGUCUGGCACUGUGUGGACUUGUUCCUGGAUUUCAUCACCAUCUUCAGGAAACUGAUGAUCAUCCUCGCCAUGAACGAUAAGGACAAGAAGAAGGAGAAGAAGUAGAGAGAGUUCGAGUGGCUGAGAAUUAAAACCAAUCUGUCAGAAAAGGCACAAUUUGCAACGCACUUGGUGCUUCUCACUUUCUGUCUUCAUUUAUUGAAUUAACUCCUAUGUGGUCUUAUAUUAUUGAGAAAUUCUUUUGAUUUAAUUUUCUUUUUUUUGUUUUAAACUUACAAGGGUUGAAUGUAAGUUGUGGUAAACUAAUGCUAGUUCCCAUCAUGGCUGUGAAUGGAGAAUAGACUAAUGCUGCAGUGAACAUGCUUGGCCUGUAGAGGGGAGCGUUGCCCUAUGAAGAAGCUGAGCAGAAGAGUUUCAUAUUACUGUUAUUUAGUGCCAUAAAUUAAUGACAUGAUAGGCUCCUUUUUCUUUUCUUUUUUAGUGGGUCACGUGAGCUUCUGAGACUGAUUGUUUUAUUUGAAGUUAUGUAAUUUCAGUCGUUUGAUUUGCUUAUUUAUAGUUUUCCUCGGUUCUUUUUUAGUGAAGUGUCACAAUAAAUGGGGUCCCAUGAGUUUGACAACAGAUCCUCCUCCUCCCCGUAAUUGUUUUGUUCCCACAAAUUUUGUUUUGUGACCAACAUUUCGAGUAGGAAUGGUGAAGCCUGGUAUCCCUGACACCCACCGUGAAGGCCUGUCGGGCUCAUGAUGAUCAACACUAGCUCAUUUAGGCGGAUGCAGCCACCCGGUGGUCGGGAUUUUGGACUUUUGGCUGGUGAGGGAGGAAGAGUCGAUGCCAUCUGUCCACAAAUUUUCAACUCGGAUAUCAAAGCGAGGCGAAUUAUUCAGACCUCUCCCAGUGUAAAUUUCUCUAAAUAUCUGUUGUCUAGAAAUUAGUUUGCCAAAUGAUGUUAACCUUUGCGAUUUUUUGAAAGUGUAUACUGUGAAGAAUUUAUUUUAUUGAUGUAAAAUUGAAACUAAUAAUUUGAUACAUUUGCUCAAAUAAAUGUGUUGAACGUAUUGAAA